UGGCGCACGUCAUUUCGCGUGCCGUGCUGAUCGUGAUUGGCGGAGUGGCGUCGGUUGCUGGCAUUGAAACAACGAUCGUGCCUCCUUUUUCCACUAUCUAACAGUUUACUGAAUGGGAAAUAAUGAUCUGUUGCUGAUGAUGAUUCAAUUCCCAGCGCGUUUGUUUUGGGUGCGAUAAGGAGCAAUGUUUAUAUAUAAAAUGCGUGAGAAUUUUGCUUCCGAUAUCGAUAAUGCGGCGGUUACGUGUGACAAAUUUGCGACCAGCGUGAAAGUGCGAUUAGCGAUCUAGCGGUGUGUACCUUCAGUUGCAGUACGAAACUUUAGCUGAAUGGUAGCGUUCUCGAAAUCUUCCUAUCAGGAAUCAACGAAUAGGACCAUUUAAGUUUUUAUCUAUCCGAAUUGUUAUGUCGGUAAUUGACCCAGUGAUUCAACGAAAAUGCCCCUUUUUGGGCUGCUGAUUCAUAAUUACAAUCCAAAUUUGGUCCGAUAUCAAUGAAAAAACAAUCGUUAUCGGUGUGGUUCUUUGUUAGUAAGAGCUCCUCAAGUGAACGCUUUCAGAUAACCAGUCCUUUAUCCGAGUGAUUGCUGCUGUGUUAGACUUAAAGUGACCAUGAACGUCAAAGGGAGCACAUCGUACGAAAGUGUUAUUUGCGAUGAGAACUCGCCCUUGCUGCGACAACAAAGCAGUGGCGCAGGUUCAUCCAGUAGCAGGCAGAAGGCAGAAAUCUCUAAAAAAUCUCAAUGUAUCUCGCUGGAACUCACUGCAGUGACCUUGUGCUUCGGUUGGGCUGUUUCAGCUAUCGUUCUAGCGAAUCAAAUUAUAUAUCAAACUUGUGUGCACUUGGGAUAUGACAAGCAACAAUGCAAGUUGCUGGGAACGAGCGGAGCAGUCAAUCUGACGGAUCUCGAAACAGCAGUACAACCGACGGCGGCGGAGAUCUCGAUGAUUGCCAACAUCAUCAUCUCGGUCGUUCCCGCCUUGUGCGGGCUGCUGAUGGGUCCGUGGUCGGACAGGUUCGGUCGUAAGCCUGUGAUCAUGAUACCGUGCAUUGGCUACUUCAUAACAUACAUUUCCAAGGCAACAAUCUGCUACCUUUCGGACAGCAUGAUUCUUAGCCCUUGGCUAUAUGUGGCGGCCUACCUGCCAGCUGCUCUGGCCGGCGGAACCACCGUUGUAUGUGCCGGUCUGUUCAGCUUGCUCACGGACAUCACGACGGAAAAGAAUCGAACCGUCCGAAUGGGAAUUCUGCAGGCGUGCACGCUAGCGGGGGCGUUUAUCGGAAUGAUGUCCAGCAGUUUCAUCCUAGCGUGGACCAAUGCCACUACGGUGUUUCUCAUUUCCGCCGGGAUGAUGCUGUUCUCCGCUGCUUACGUGAAUUUUGCUAUUGUGGAUAGUGUCGCCGGUCGACGGACCGUAGCCGGCGGUACCUGUGCGAAGUUGCGGGAAAUUUUCCGGUUCGAUUUACUGCGUGAUCUGUUUAACACUUUCUUCAAGGCAAGAUCUGGGUAUGAUCGGGGAAUCAUAUGGUUGACGGUUGCAAUCGGAGCGAUUACCGUGUUGGGAACAAGGUCCGGUGACGUAAUGUACAUGUACACGAGGAAGGUAUUCAAUUGGACGUUGGAGGAUUUUACGCUGUGGCAGUCGGUGGAUUUUUUGUCGUUCAUUGUCGGCAACUUCUUGGGAAUUAUAAUUUUGAAAAAACUAUUCAAGCUGCCGGAUAUUGCCAUCGCCUUCCUGUCGGUGUUAUGUUUUGCUGGUGAUAGCUUCACGAAAGGGAUGGCCACCCAGGGGUGGCAGUUUUACAUGUCCACAGGGAUAACGCCACUCAAGGGAACGGAAGGACCGGCACUGAUGGCCAUAUCGUCCAGCAUUUUGCCGUCGCAUGAUAUUGCAAAAAUCUACUCGAUGGCGAUGUCCCUAACGGCUAUGGUGCCGCUUGCGGCAUCCCCGCUGUUUACGUACAUCUACAGCCGGACGUUAACCUCGACGCCGGCGGUAUUUAACUUUGUCGCGUCGGCUGUUUUUUCGAUGAAUCUACUGCUGGUGGGAGUCAUACACGUUCUGUUGAGCAAACGGCGAAAACACCGACGAUUGCUGUCGGAUGACUCGGCACAUUCGGAAAGUGGCGGCAAUUACGAUAGCAGCCAUUGUACUACUAUCGACGACGAUGAUGAUGAUAAUGAUGAAGUAAUAGCGUAGACUUUAAUGUGAUAAUAGAGUGUACAGUAAUG